AUGCAUACUAGCAGUAGUAGUGUUCUUCAUAGUUUAUACGUGUGCCCCACUGUCAUUGUUGAAUCCACCCCACAAACCAUAUCUGCCCUUCAAUGCUACCUUUCCAAUCCUAAUCCCAAAGAUUCUCAUACCUCCAUUCUAGAAGAUUUUUCAGCCAUAGCAUUCACAUCAAGAACUGGAAUCAUAGCUUUCACAGAAGCCUUGACAAGCAGCAAUAUCCAAACCACCACCCCUCUUGCCCCACAUGGAGAACCCUUCACAGUUUCAGCUCUAGGUAAAGACUCAGAGCUGCUGAAUGAAUCAUUCAUUCAUAAACUCUGCCAAAAUCCCAGCAGAAUCCAGGUGGUUGUCCCACCAAUUGCAACACCAUCAAGUCUGGUUGAUGCAUUGGGAUCAGGCCAUGGCAGAAAAGUAUUGUGCCCUGUUCCAUCAGUAUUGGGCCUGAAUGAGCCGCCAGUGGUGCCCAAAUUCCUCAGUGAUCUUGACAAGAUGGGAUGGAUUGCUGUGAGAGUGAAUGGGUAUGAAACUAGGUGGGCUGGGCCGAAAUGUGCUGAGGAGUUGGUGAAGAAGACUGAAGAGGAAUGUGGUGUGGAUGCACUUGUGUUUACAAGUACUGCAGAGGUUGAAGGGUUAUUGGGCUUGAAUUGGGAUAUGAUGAGGAGGAGGUGCCCUACAAUGCUGGUUGCAGCUCAUGGGCCAGUUACUGCUUCUGGGGCUGAAAGAUUGGGUGUUGGAAUUGAUGUGAUUAGUUCUAGGUUUGGUAGUUUUGAUGGAAUUGUUGAUGCACUUGCUUAUAGGUGGAAGUCAUUAGAUUUUUGCUAAAAAAACAAUGAUUUUUUUUUUUGGGGUGAAUUUUUUAGAUUAUGCUUUAUGAUGUGCUGAUUUUAUAAUAAAUUUGAGGGUUCACGCC